CGCGGGCGGAGAGCGGCGCGGACCGGCGGGCGGGCGGCUGCAUGGCGCGCUGCGAGCGGCUGCGCGGCGCGGCCCUGCGCGACGUGCUGGGCCGGGCGCAGGGGGUCCUGUUCGACUGCGACGGGGUGCUGUGGAACGGCGAUCGCACGGUGCCGGGUGCCCCCGAGCUGGUGGAGCGGCUGGCGCGGGCCGGCAAGGCGGCGCUGUUCGUGAGCAACAACAGCCGGCGCGCGCGGCCCGAGCUGGCGCUGCGCUUCGCGCGCCUGGGUUUCGGGGGGCUGCGCCCCGAGCAGCUCUUCAGCUCCGCGCUGUGCGCCGCGCGCCUGCUGCGCCAGCGCCUGCCGGGGCCCCCCGACGCGCCGGGCGCCGUGUUCGUGCUGGGCGGCGAGGGGCUGCGCGCGGAGCUGCGCGCCGCGGGGCUGCACCUGGCCGGGGACCCCGGGGACCCCCGCGCCGACCCCGCCGCCGCCGCCCCGCGCGUGCGCGCCGUGCUCGUGGGCUACGACGAGCACUUCUCCUUCGCCAAGCUGAGCCAGGCGUGCGCGCACCUGCGCGACCCCGACUGCCUGCUCGUGGCCACCGAUCGCGACCCGUGGCACCCGCUCAGCGACGGCAGCCGGACCCCGGGCACGGGGAGCCUGGCUGCGGCCGUGGAGACGGCGUCAGGCCGGGAGGCCGUGGUGGUGGGCAAGCCCAGCCCCUACAUGUUUGAGUGCAUCACGGAGCACUUCAGCGUGGACCCCGCCCGCACGCUCAUGGUGGGCGACCGCCUGGAGACCGACGUUCUCUUCGGCCACCGCUGCGGCCUGACCACCGUGCUCACGCUCACCGGCGUCUCCCGCCUGGACGAGGCCCAGGCGUACCUGGCAGCCGGCCAGCACGACCUGGUGCCCCAUUACUACGUGGAGAGCAUCGCAGACUUGAUAGAGGGACUGGAGGACUGAGCCCCCCGCGGCAGCUCCCCG